UUAACUUUUGGUCCCCCAACAGGUUAAAGAUGAGGCCCCCACCUGCCUCUCUCUUCUCUCCUUCCUCUCCCCUUCCCAUCCCUGUCUAGGCGGGAGGGGGCUGCUCGCCCAAGGGAAGGCCUGAAGCGAAGAGCGGGCGGCGGGACUGGGAACUGGUGGCCGGGGGGCCGCGAGGCAUCAGCCGGCGAGGAGGCACUUGUUGCUCUAGGUUUCCCAGCCGCUUCUCGCAGCCGUUUCGCUGUGGUCAGCUCGCGGCUUGGAGAGCGGACUGGGACGUUUCCGCAUUGCCAAGUAUUGCCUACGAACAGGCUAGAGGGUGGUGGAGGAGGGCAGAAAACCGGGGAAGCAGAGCCAGGGAUGCCGAUGGAAAUGCGAUUGCUUCUUCAGACGCAUUCAACAACACUUACUGAGCGCCUAUGGAGCACAGACCCAGGCUGGGGUCAGGGUGGGUGGUGGGUCAGUGAUGGAAGGCAGAAGAUCUGAAUGGACACAGGGUCUCUUCUGGGGGAGCUCCCAGACUGAAGAGGGAGGCGCGGUAAAAUGGUCUUCCCCCACAAACUGAUAUCAGAAUAGAGACAGUUUUUUUGCUCGUUCUCUCUUGAAUUUGCUAAUGUUUAUCUUUUGGUUUUGCUGUUGUUGCUGCUGCUCCUGUUGUUUUUUUCUUCGCUUUGUACAUUCGGGUACCAGGCGGCAAAAAGGAGGGUGAAGGCUGGAUAGGAACGGGAAAAGAUGGACAGGGCCCCCAGACGUUCUUCUUAGGACAGGAAAAUUGUCUGAUACUGAUCGUGCUAGGGCUCUUGAAGACGACAUGUGUUACACUCCUUGUCGGUGAUCACUUGCUUUUGAAAUAUUUUUCUAUGGUUGCCUCAGAGAAGGAGCAGGGCUUCAAUCAAGUGAUGAUGCGGGACCAAACAGCUGAUAUUUUUUCCUCAUAUUUAAAAAAAAUAUGUUUACCUUUUUCUCUAUUUUUCCCUCUCCUCCCCCCCAUCCACCCAAGUAAGCAAUGCAAAGAUGAUACAGAGAGGUACUAAGUGGCCACUUUCUAGAAGUGUCUAAGCAGAUUCUUAAUGACCGCUGUGGAGUGGAGAGUGUCAUGGAGAAUCCUAGCCUCCUUGGAAAGAUUAGAGACUCUUUCUAAGGUCCUCAAGAUUCUCUGGACCAAGAGCACAACAGCUCCAGCUGGCAGCAUCACUUCCUGCCAAUUUAUCCAACUUCUACCAAGGCUCUGAAAUGCCAACAACGUCGAGGCCUGCACUUGAUGUCAAGGGUGGCACCUCACCUGCGAAGGAGGAUGCCAACCAAGAGAUGGGCUCCGUGGCCUACUCCAACCUUGCGGUGAAAGAUCGCAAAGCAGUGGCCAUUCUGCACUACCCUGGGGUAGCCUCAAAUGGAACCAAGGCCAGUGGGGCUCCCACUAGUUCCUCAGGAUCUCCAAUAGGCUCUCCUACCGCCACCCCUCCCACUAAACCCCCAUCCUUCAACCUGCACCCCACCCCUCACUUGCUGGCUAGUAUGCAGCUGCAGAAACUUAACAGCCAGUAUCAGGGUAUGGCUGCCGCCACUCCGGGCCAACCCGGGGAGGCAGGGCCCCUGCAAAACUGGGACUUUGGGGCCCAGGCGGGAGGGGCGGAAUCACUGUCUCCUUCUGCUGGUGCCCAGAACCCUGCUAUCAUCGAUUCAGACCCAGUGGAUGAGGAGGUGCUGAUGUCGCUGGUGGUGGAACUGGGGUUGGACCGAGCCAAUGAGCUUCCAGAGCUGUGGCUGGGGCAGAAUGAGUUUGACUUCACUGCGGACCUUCCAUCUAGCUGCUGAUGCCAAGUGUCCCUAAAGAUGGAGGAAUAAAGCCACCAAUUCUGUUGUAAAUAAAAAUAAAGUUACUUACAAAGAGA